UCUGGGACCCAGGGAAGGCUGGCACUUUCCAACCAGUCAUCAUGGGGACACCUGUGGCCGUGCUGCUGUGGCUGCUGCUCCUUCUGGGACCUGCAGACCCCCAGGAGACCGAGACCCGGCCUUACUCUCUGUCCUUCCUUUACACUGGGCUAUCCAAGCCCAGGGAAGGCUUCCCCAGCUUUCAGGCCAUGGCCUACCUCAACGACCAGCCCUUCUUCCACUACAAUAGUGACAGCAGAAAGGCUGAACCCCUAGGACCUUGGAGUCAGGUGGAAGGAAUGGAGAACUGGGAGAAGGAAAGCCAACUUCAGAAGGCCCGGGAGGACAUUUUCAUGGUGACCCUGAACGACAUCAUGGACUAUUACAAGGACAGAGAAGGGUCUCACACCUUUCAGGGAAUGUUUGGUUGUGAAGUUCGGAACAACAAAAGCAGUGGCGCAUUCUGGAGGUAUGCCUAUGAUGGACGAGACUUCAUUGAGUUCAACAAAGAAAUUCCAGCCUGGGUUCCUCUGGACCCAGCAGCCCAAAACACCAAGCAGAAGUGGGAGGCAGAAAAAGUCUAUGUGCAGCGGGCCAAGGCCUACCUGGAGGAAGAGUGUCCUGAGAUGCUGCAGACAUACCUGGAAUACAGCAAGACUCACCUGGACCAACAAGAUCCUCCUUCUGUGUCACUCACCAGCCACACCAGCCCGGGGAAGGCGAGGAGCCUCAAAUGCCUGGCCUAUGACUUCUACCCCCGAGAAAUUGAUAUGUACUGGACUCGGGCCAGUGAGGUGAAGAUGUCUGAGACAGAGAAAGAUGUUCUUCCCAGCGGAAAUGGUUCUUACCAACUUUCGGUGGUGGUGGAAGUCCCUCCUGAAGACAGAGAAACCUACACCUGCCACGUGGAACACAGUAGAAUAAGCCAGUCUCACAGAGUGCUGUGGGAUGGGGCACAAGAAGCCAGGGGUGAAGGUGGCUUGGGGGCUAAGGCCCAAUAAUCACCCUUUCUGCCUGGCAUGAGAAGGACAGACUUCAGCCAUCAGUGCCAACACCAUCGGUGAGAUCCGGGAAAGAUGUUUAAAGGGACAGAGAGGGAAUUUGGAGGCAAAAGGCUUGAUGAGAAUGGAGCUGCCUCUGGCUGCCAAAUCACCUUACCUGUUGUUUCUUCUAUGAAAUCAAAGCAAUGAUUGCUUCACCUAAUUGACACAAUACUGAAUGGCAAUUUUAAAGAGUAUAAUACUGUAAA